ACGAGUUCACAAUGAUCGACUGAAUGAAUGCUCAUUGCAGCAGCCUGGACAGCUCUGGAUCUUGAAUAACAUGUCAUCAUGCAAAUCAUGGAGAAGGCUGAGAAGCAGGAGGAGGACAGGAAGAAGACGGAGAAGGCGCAAAGGAGGAGCAGGAGAAGCAGAAAAAUAAUACAGAUAACAAGCAGCGGCAGGAGGAGAACAGGGAGGAGGAGAAAGAAGAAGAAGAGGAAAGAGGAUGAGGAGAGGGAGGAAAAGAAGAACAAGGAGGAGGAGAGGGAGGAGGAGGAGGAGGAGGACGACGACGACGACGACGAAGACGAAGACGAAGACGAAAAAGGAAAGGAGCAGGAGGAGGUGGUCAUGAGUAGUAGUAGGAAUGAGCCCAGGAGCAGGAGGAGCAGAGAAAGAAGGAGAAUCACAGGAGCACAAGGAGGAGGAGGAAGAGGAGGAGGACGUAAUGAGGAGGAAGAAGAAUGGAAAGGCAGUCCUAUGACCUCUGGGAACCACCCAGAGGCCAACGGCCAAGCAGAGCAGCUGAAUCGCGCUGUACAACACCUGCUGCGGCAUUACAUCAAGCCCAACCAGGUGGAAUGGGAUGAGAAGCUCGCUCUCAUCGCCAGCUUGUACAACAACGUUGUGCACAGCGCCACAGGGGUGAGCCCUAACAGCCUGCUACUAACGUUCAAGCCUAGACUGCCCCUAGACUUUCUAUUACCUGAGAACCAGCAAACUGUUGCACCGGGUACACUAGAAUUUGCUUAUCGAUAUGAACAAACGAUGCAGCAGGCAGUGGAACAAAUGCAGAAAGCACAGGCGGCAAUGAUAGAGUCUGAGAACAAACACUGCCGCCCGUCCACAUUUCAGGUAGGGGACCGAGUCUGGGUCAAGUCCUCAGAACUGGGACAGGAGCAUGGGAUAUCUCGUAAGCUCAUGCCACAGUACUUUGGAACAUCCCUUCCCAUCAACCGGCUGGUGUGUUCACUGGGCAAUUGACCAGAUUUGAACAAAUCUGUAACAAUUGG